AUCAGGUAGCCUGAGAAGUGCACAAUACAUAAAAAAGGAGUUAAAACCAUCGAGUUCUGAAUUGCUAGAAAGGAUGAGAGAAGAGAAGGACAGAGAAACUUCCUCUUCUGAAUAGCUCAUGGGAGGAAGGUGGUGUGCAGAGCGGCUUCUGUGCUCUUCCCAGGAUGGAAGUAGCCGCUGGCAGGCAAAGAAGAUGACAAUAAGAGCACACUGGAUAACUGACAAUAACAAUCAACUUUGAAAAGGAAAGAAAAUCAAGCCAGAAAUCAAAAUAUUUUUCAUGUUUCAUACAAUUCUCCUUCUCCAGCAGCAGAUAGACAAAAGAGAGAAAAUUAAGAAAUAUUUCAAACUGGAAUAUAUAGAUUAUACAGAACUCAAGCAUACAUUACAUGAAAAGUCAAGGGAGCUUAUUUUUUAUUUGGAAAAAAAGGUAAAUAUCUUUAGGUCAUUAGGGAGGAAAAAAUCACUUGGAGAGCCACGUAGGCAGACAGAGACACAGGCCUUGCUCAUGGAGAAAAAACCCAGCUUUAAUCAAAACAUUACUAAACAAUGGAUAACACAUAUUUUUGACUUCAAGAAUAUAAGUGUUGGAAAAGCUCCAUAGAUGCGCCUAUUGUAGGAAAAACAUAGAUUAAAAAUUAUAGCUGAUUAUGCACAGGAAGAUCCACUCAGGAGAAAAGUUUUAAAAGUGCUCCAAUGUGGAAAAUACUUUAGUGAGCAUAGCAACUUGGUGAUGCAUCAGAGGACUCACAUCAUGUAUGAGUAUCCAGAUUGUGUGAAAGUUUCGUUGGAAAUUCCCACCUCAAAAGACAACAGAGGACUCGCAUAAGAGAGAAACCCUUUGAAUGCCCUAUCUGUGUGAAAAGUUUCAGUCACAAUUACAGCCCAAUGAAUCACCACAGGACACACACAGGAGAGAAACCCUUUGAAUGCCCUGAUUCUGAAAAAUGUUUCAGUCAAAAUUCCAAAGUGGUGAUACACCAGAGGACUUACACAGGAGAGAAGCCCUAUCAAUGUCCUGAUUGUGGGAAAAGUUUCAGUCACAAUUCCAGCCUGGUGACACACCAGAGGAUUCACACAGGAGAGAAACCCUUUGAAUGUCCUAAUUGUGGGAAAAGUUUCAGUACAAAUUCCAACAUGGUGAAACACCAGAGCACUCACAAAGGAGAGAAACCAUUUGAAUGUCUGGAUUGUGGGAAAAGUUUCAGUAACAAUUCCCACCUCAUUAGACACCAGAGGAAUCACACAGGAGAGAAACCCUUUGAGUGUCCUGACUGUGGAAAAGGUUUCAGUCAAAAUUCCAACCUGGUGAUACACCAGAGGACUCACACAGGAGAGAAACACUUUGAAUGUCCUGAUUGUAGGAAAAGUUUCAUUAGAAAUUCUCACCUCAUUAGCCACCAGAGAAUUCACACAGAAGGGAUACCCUUUGAAUGUCCUGAUUGUGGAAAAUGUUUCAGUGAGAAUUUCAGCCUGGUGAAACACCAGAGGACUCACACAGGAGAGAAACCCUUUGAAUGUCCUGAUUGUGGGAAAAGGUUCAGUCGGAAUUCAGACCUGGUGAAACACCAGAGGACUCACACAAGAGAGAAAUGUCCUGACUGUGGAAAAAGUUUCAGUAACAAUUCCCGCCUGGUGACACACCAGAGGACUCACUCCAGGGAAAAACCAUAUAUGUGUCCAGAUUGUGGGAAAUGUUUCCUUUGGAACUCUCGGCUGGUGAGUCACCAGAGAACUCACACAGGAGACAAACCAUACGAAUGUCCAGAUUGUGGGAAAGAUUUCAGUACUAAGGAUAGCCUUCUCAAUCAUAUGCUUAUACACACAGGGGAGAAACCAUUUAAGUGCCCCGAGUGUGAACGGUGCUUCCGGAAACCUUCCAACCUUAUCGCACACAAGAAAAUCCACAUGAGGCCCAAAGUGAUGAGUGUAGAGAAGGCUUGAAUUUCAUUUGAAAUAUCCUAUUGUAGUUUCAGCUGAUAAAUUGACUCUUUAAUUUGAUUACAAAGAAUUUGCCUGAUUUUUUGUCAUUAAAUAUGUCAUAGUAUUAGAUGGGAAGGAGGAAAGAAAAAAAUUGGAACAUGUUAAUUUGAUAAGGGCUAUUUGGCCAUCAGCAGCAGAAGUUGUUGGAUUUUGAUUUUUGCAGAAAUUGGACAACUCUGCAAAAAUCUUUUUAGCAGUGUUCUUGUGGUCUACCGGCAGCCUGCGGAAAUGGCAGCAGAGUUGGGCAGUGGGGAGGAACAUAGGCCAGACUGGGAAUCUGGGGAGGACUCGGACGAAGGUCCUGCAUCCGAUACAGAGAUGGGGCCAGGGCCAUAUGGGAGUUAUGUGUUGCCUCCAGAAUCUGAUAGCAGCGAGACAGAGGAAUAAGGAGAGCCUGUUCCCAGUGUGCGCGUGCACAAAGCUGCCAGAAGGCAAGAACAGUUAAGACAAAAGGGGUGACUCAGGAUUAAGGUUUGGAGGUGAUUGGCCCUCCCAUAAGACAUA